AUACGAAAGUAUUCUCAACAGCAGGUCGCCGUACAUGUUUUAUCCUGGCUUUGUACUAUAUUAAUCGACUAGCUACCAACGUACUCGUGUGUAUCAACAUUUCUAUUUGAGCUCUUUAAAGUUUUGCUGGAGCAAUGACUAAUAACGAAGCCAUUUCAAAGUUAUCGGCAGACAUGUUAAAGGAUCUGCGCGAAAAAUUUAACGAAUUUGAUAUCGAUGAAAGUGGUCAUAUUACGACGUCGGAGCUUCAUGCCUGUAUGAAAGCGUGUGGCGAAGACAUUCCAGGAUUUAAACUUCGUCAAUACAUAGAAGAAGUCGAUAAAAAUCGCAAUGGAACCGUUGAAUUUGACGAGUUUGUUGAGAUAUACUCGAAGGAAUCAACCCAACUUCAGGCAUCUGGCUUUAAAAGUAUGGUUAGAAAGUUUAAGAAUAGUGUCAAGAUUCAAGGAGGGGUUUCUCAGUCAUCUGCUGAUGGAACCACACAUUCUUUGACCGAUUCUGAAAGAAUGGCAUUUUGUGACUGGAUUAACAGCACAUUGGAAGAUGAUAAAGAUCUGAGUAGAUUGGGUUUGUUGCCUGUUGAUCCAACAUCUGAAAGUGAUCUGUUUCAGAAAAUACAGAAUGGCAUCAUACUUUGUAAAUUGAUCAAUCUCUCGGCUCCUGACACUGUUGAUGAGCGUGCUAUUAAUAUCAAACCAAAUGACAAAUUGAACAUUUAUUUAAAACAAGAGAAUCAGAUUUUAGCUUUGAACUCAGCCAGUGCCAUUGGUUGUUAUAUUGUGAAUAUUGGACCACAGGACUUGAUGAAUGGAACCCCUCAUCUGGUGUUAGGCCUUAUUUGGCAAAUCAUCAGGAUUGGUCUACUAGCAAAAAUCAAUCUUGCCAAUGUACCAGGCCUUGCACGUCUUCUUCAUGAAGGGGAAACUAUGGAUGAUUUAAUGAAAUUGUCUCCUGAGGAAAUACUGUUGAGAUGGGUAAAUUAUCAUUUGGAGAAGUCAGGAUCAAAUAAAAGGAUUAAGAAUUUUGGAAAAGACAUCAUGGAUUCUGAAGCAUAUACAAUACUUCUUUCGCAAAUCGCCCCACCUCAGCUUGGUAUUGAUGAAUCUCCACUGAGGGAAAAAGACGACUUGAAACGAGCUGAGUUGGUUUUAGUCAAUGCUGAUAAAAUGAAAUGUCGAAAGUUCGUCCAGCCAUCGGAUAUAGUAAAAGGACAUUCAAAGCUAAACAUGGCAUUUGUUGCGAAUCUCUUCAAUACCUAUCCAUGUUUACCGCCACUUGAUGACAUAGAAGAAGAUUUUGAAGAAUACGAGGAAACAAGAGAAGAGUUAACGUUCCGUAACUGGAUGAACAGUCUUGGAGCCAAUCCGUUCGUUAAUCAUCUGUACAACAAUCUUCACGAUGGACUCGUUCUUUUCCAGCUGUUUGACAAGAUUAAGCCUGGUGUUGUGAAUUGGGACAAGGUGAACAAACCUCCUUUUAAGCAAAUGGGUGGGAAAAUGAAAAAGAUCGAGAAUUGUAACUACGCUGUCGAACUUGGUCAUGAAUUGAAAUUUUCUUUAAUCGGAAUUGGUGGUGAAGAUAUUCACAACAAAACAAAAACUCUAGUUUUGGCUCUUGUCUGGCAAAUGAUGCGAGCAUACACUUUAAAAAUUCUUCAAAACUUGGCCAAAUCAGAUAAACCAUUGGAAGAUAAGGAAAUCAUUGCGUGGGUGAAUGAUAAGUUGGAGUCGGCUGGGAAGACAUCAAUCAUAAAGAGUUUCAAGGAUCCCAGCAUCUCAACAAGUUUACCAGUCAUUGAUCUCGUAGACGCAAUCAAACCUGGAUCUAUAAACUACGAUGUUGUGAAUGCUGGUAAUACCGAAGAGGAGAAAGUUGACAACGCCAAAUAUGCGUUGAGCAUGGCUCGUAAAAUUGGCGCUCGCGUCUACGCUUUGCCUGAAGAUUUGGUUGAAGUCAACCAAAAAAUGGUUCUUACAGUUUUUGCCUGUUUAAUGUCAGCAGUUUACUCGAAGAACUAAUAUAGUAAGGAAAGUCACAAGAACAAACAAACAAACAAACAACGUUGCGAUUCUGUAAUCAACCUUAGAUGUUUUAGUCAUACCACACUAUUUUUCUAUAAGCAAUCAUUGGACAUCUUACGUUCUAUUUGUUUAACCAUUCAUGCAAAAUUGUAUUGGAACCUUUCCCUCGCUUUUUCUUGUUGUAUUCAGAAUUAAAAACAUAUGUUGAUGCUGACCACAUUCAUAUUUUUAGGGUUGCUAGUUCUUUGAAGUUUUGGAGUUGUAUUUAGGAAUCCUGUAUUUAAAUUUACGAUAAAAUUAAUCAUUUGAUGAA